AUGUGGCUCUCCGUGCUCCUCUUCCUCGCCCUCCUCCUCCUCCUCCUCCUCCUGCUGGCCCGACGGGGCCUGGGGGCCGCAGGCUCCGCCAACCCCUUCGCCACCGAUGCCAGGCGCAGGCCGGCCCCGCUCGUCACCGACAAGGCGGCCCGCAGGAAGCUCCUCAAAGCAGUUUUUUCGGCAGAGCGGGUGCCGCCGAGGCUGGACGCUGUGGUGGUGGGCAGCGGCAUCGGGGGGCUGGCGGCCGCGGCGCUGCUGGCCAAGGCGGGCAAGCGGGUGCUGGUGCUGGAGCAGCACGGCAAGCUGGGCGGCUGCUGCCACACUUUCAGCGAGAAGGGCUAUGAGUUCGACGUGGGGAUCCACUACGUGGGGCAGAUGGCCGAGGGCUCGGCGCUGCGCUUCCUCGUGGACCAGCUCACGGAGGGGCAGCUGGAGUGGGCGCCGCUGCCGGGCGCCUUCGACGCCGUGGUGCUGGGCGAGCCGGGCGCGGGGCGCACCUACCGCCUGCACGCCGGCGAGCGCCGCUACUUCGACGCCUUGAAGCGGCAGUUCCCGCGCGAGGCGGCCGCUGUCGACGCCUUCGAGCGGCUCCUGAAGAGCGCCGGCAGGGAUGUGCCGCUGCUGGCGGUUUUGAAGAUGCUGCCGCCGCUGCUCGCCCGGUUGCUCUGCCGCUCGGGGCUGCUGAGGCGCCUGAGCCCCUUCUGCCGCCUGGCGUCCCGCAGCCUCCGGGAGGUGGUGGAGGGGCUCACGGCGGACGGCGAGCUGCGGGCCGUGCUCAGCUACCUCUACCCCACCUACGGGGUGCUGCCGUCGCGGGCCAGCUUCUCCAUGCACGCCAUCCUGGUGAACCAUUUCCUCGCCGGCGCCUGGUACCCGCGGGGGGGAGCCAGCGAAAUCGCCUUCCACACCAUCGCCGUCAUCCAAGGGGCCGGCGGCGCCGUGCUGGGCCGGGCGCCCGUGAGCCGCAUCCUGCUGGACGCGGAGGGCAAAGCUUGCGGCGUGAGCGUCAAGAAAGGGGAAGACGCCGUGAACAUCUUCGCGCCCGUGGUCAUCUCGGAUGCCGGGAUAUUCAACACCUACGAGCGGCUGCUGCCAGCGGAGGCGCGGGCUUUGCCGGAGAUCCAGUCACAGCUCCGCCUGGUGAAGCACGGCGAAGGCGGCUUCUCUGUCUUCGUGGGUCUCAAGGGCACCAACGAAGAGCUGGGGCUGGAGUCCACUAAUUAUUUCAUCUUCCCAGGCAACGACCUGGAUGAAGCGAUGAAGCGUUACCUGGCUUAUUCCAGGGAGGAGGCUGCGGAGAACAUCCCUCUCCUCUUCGUUACCUGCCCGUCGGCCAAAGAUCCCACCUGGGAGAUGAGACACCCGGGUAAAUCCACGCUGGCCAUCGUGACGUUCGCCAAGUACGAGUGGUUCAAGGAGUGGAAGGAUGAGCCGGUCCACAAGCGGGGGGACGGUUACGAGAAGGUGAAGCAAGCCUUCGUGGAUGCCAUCAUGAGGACCGUCUUCAAGCUCUACCCUCGCAUCGAAGACCGGAUCGAGUACCUUUCCGGCGGGACGCCGCUCACCAACCAGCACUACAUCGGCAGCGCCCGGGGCGAGAUCUACGGGGCAGAGCAGGACACGAGCCGCCUGCAAGCCGAGGCCAUCGCCGCGCUGCGGGCUCGCACGGCCGUGCCCAACCUCUACCUGACGGGGCAGGACGUGUGUCUCGGCGGCUUCGCGGGAGCCCUACAAGGCGCCAUGUUGUGCGGCAGCGCCGUGCUGGGGCGCAACCUCUACGUGGACGUGGAGCGGCUCCGGAAGCGCUCGGCACGCGCCGGCUCCGAGAAGGGCGAAUGAAGGGGUCAAGGCCGGAGUCUCCUUCCUGGGCUUCGGCAGGCGGCCGAGUUCAACGGAGGAAAGCUUGGGAAGAGCAUCAAAGCCAGCUGGCGCUGGGAAGGGAAGCA